CGUCAUAUACGGGAUACGGUCACGUGACAGCUGAGUCUCGGUCAUUCGUGUGUACAUGUCGCUGUCGUUUUCAGUCUAAAUCGCCGUGUCGCCAUAACGACGAGGCGCAGAUUUCAUUCAUCGUCCAUUCGGACUGCGACAAGCGACGAGGCGGCGAGAAGUUGCGGUUCCGUUCGAAAUCGAGGAAUGGACGAACGUCGUUAUCCGGGAAAUUUUAGGACAAUCCCGGAUGAUGACGGCGACAGCUCUCGGCUUUCUGUGACAUUGGAUCCGCCCGCCAGUCAGGAUUCUCUCAGCGUCUGCGCGCGGAGCGUCGGAGCGUUCGACCUCCAGCGCGACGAUCUAGACAAACUCAUCGACAAACCCUCACAGAGAUACAACAACCAAGAUCGUCCGGAACUAGAACUAAACAGGAAGAGACGGCAAGAAAAUUUGACAUCCGGGAGAUUAGCAAUAUCCGGGAAAUUAACACUUGAUGUGAUAAACAGGACGUUGUCACCGGAGGAGGAGCAGAGAGCCGAUGCUCUCGACAAACUGUUGUUCAUGAAUCCCGAGGACGUGAAAAGUCGGGAUGCUGAGAAUUAUUUAGCGAGAUUGAAACGGAGUGACAAGGAGAGGGAGACACCGGUGUAUGGGCGUCUCACGAACGGAGACAAGAAUGUGCAUUUUGGUAGACUGGAGAGGGUGAGACAUGUCGGCGACGGCCAAGGAGAUGAGAGAUCAGCAGUGAAUGAACAUCAUCUGCAGUUUAAGUCUUUAACGAAAAAGCUACUUGGUCCACAGGCAGAUACGGAUACAAGAGACGAGAUAGCACUGCUGAGAUCGGAAGUACAGAAGCUGACACAUGUGAACAGCUUAUUGAGAAAACGAGAAGAAUCGGCAAAUAGUCACGUUGAACAGCUUGAAGCGGAAAAGGCAGAUUUAGUAAGAUCACAAACAGAACUACAGGCAGCGUAUGAUUCACUGAAAACAACUCCAGCACACCCCAAUGUUGAGCAGCAGGCUGCACAGCAGGCGGCGUCACUCGAUUCACUAGAGCAGCUCCUCUGUAUCAGAGAUGAUUCGUCGCAGUCCCAAUUGUCAACAAUAGCUGAAGAUCAUGAGGGAGAGAAGCAAAUCGCUGCACUGCAAGAGGAAAGGGACGACAUCGAGAAGAGACUGUCGACGCUUUGCAGCAACGUGGAAAAGGAGAAGAUGCUCAGAAAAGCAGCCGAGAAAGAGAGGGACUCAAUGAUUGCCAAUAUUGAGCAGCUGCAGGCAGAGCUCGCCCAAUUUCGUGACGAGAACACGCGACUUUUAUCCAAACUUCACUCUCUCACGACGUCCAUCGCUCCUCCACCGUCAAACCAACGCAGCAAAUCUCCCAUGAACAACAAGUCCUUAUCGGGUAGCGACCCACAAAUAGCUUUGCUGGCCAAUGCUCAGCAGGUUUUGGGGCAUCAUCGUCAGUCGAGCUUUUCGUCGAGUUGCAGUAAUCCGUACUCUUCUGCGGCUGCUACGGUCAGUCAGACGAUGUCGUCGGCUAUGAGUAUGCCGGAUAUUGCGAGGCAACGGGGAUCGAGCGAUACGGGAUUUAAGAGUGUUCAGGGUGAGAGAUGGGGAUCAGGAGUAUCAACUCCUACUACAGCAUCUCUCACUCAGUCAUCCAGCGUGACGUCAUUUCAGGUUUUAUCUCCUUACGGCAGUGAGUCAAAUCUGGAACAAGAACAAGAGAUGCUCGUCGUCAGUCCCGAAGUCCAGCAGUCUCUUGCUGACUCUCUCCGCGGCUGCUCCAACAUGCAACAACUCAUCCAAGCCGUCCUCACCUACUGCAGUGGCGUCCAAUCCGAUCGCUUCCGGAAUGCACUAAUCGAAAAGGAACGCUUGCAAGCUCGUCUCUCGAAGCUCGAAUCCGAGUCCGACCUUUUGCGUCUCUCACUAGGCGAAUGCAAAGACUACGCUGAGUACUACUCCCUCAUUUCUCGUCAGUUCGAGGCGAACAACACCAUCUUGACUGCGUGUUUGUACUUUACGUCGCGUGUCGUUCAGAUCUACGAGAAGGUUGUUGGACUAUUGGAGGCGGACAACGGUGUGAUGAGCGUUGCGUGUCGCAUGGCCGGCGUGAGGAAUCCGCACGAUCUGGUGGGGAGCACGGCGAAGCAGGCGUGGGGAUCGUCGAGUUCGAGUGCAAGUCAAGAGAACUUGGCUGCAGCUCGUCAUGCUGUCGCACGCUUACGAAGUGCGGACAGUGAGGCUAAGGACUUGCUUCAAACUUUUUCCAUGUAUGCAACAUCCAGCGGUGCUGGAAGUCACUUAGAUGUGGAUACGACUGGAUUCUCAAACAAAAUACAUGACAACUUGCUUGCAGCAGGAUCUGUAAAUCGUCAGCAAACGUCUAGUCAAUCAUCUGGUUAUGCUUCUGCUGAGCGGGAUCAUUUUCGGUUUUAUGAAGAUCGAUAUCCAGUAUUCAGUCGUACGAGCAGCAACAGCACAACGAGCUCAGGAGGUGGAACAACAACAACGGCUCCCAGUAUGGUAGACGUGGAGGCAAUGAGGGAAGUCAUUAGUCGACUGAAAGAUCAAGCCAUGGGUCUGAAGUUGCAAAGGACAAAACGAGAGAAAUCAUUGGUUGAGGUCAAUACGAAUGCGUUUCCUGAUCCUCCACGCGAUCUUACCUACUACAAUAGCCAGUCGCAGAUCGAGAGAGACUUUGAGCAUGCUUUGUUGCUUCUCGAACUGGCGACGGUCAAGGAUGACAAAGUAGAUCUCAAGGCUAAAAACUAUCUUGUCGAGCAAGAGCUUCGUUCCUAUGAAUUGAGACUACAGACAAGUUCAGCUCAAGAGCAAUCGUACAUGGUACAUAUCGAUCACCUGAAAGCUGAGCUAAAGGAGCAGACACGGAAACGAAGAAAGAUGCAGAGAGAACUACGAGACUUAAAGGAGAGACAGCAGGCAACUGAGUCUCAGGAUAUCCAACACACAUCCACAGACUCAUCCACGUCGUCCUCCCUCCCUCUCAUUCACAGGACUCAGUCCCUCCCAAUCGACCACCCUCCACCUACAGACCAAGUGUCACACUUACAACAAGACAUCAAUGAAGCCGAACGCCGAGAACGCUCGCUAAGACUGAGAAACCAGGAACUAGGAGAGACGUUUGAAGUUUAUAUUAAGAGUCAUCAAGAGCAGACGAACCAGCAGCAGUCGUACGUGAACGACUUGAAGAAGGCGUACGACUCGUUGGUGUCCGCGUAUAACAAGUUGAAGAAACGAUUCCAAGUUCAGCAGUCGUCGCACGAGCAGGAGAUUGCAGCUCUUCGAACGGAGUUGUCGGUCUUGCAGAAGACGGAGGAAGCUCCUUCACAAGAAGACCGUCUGCGCUACCUCGAAUUAGCCCAAGAAGAGACAAAUCUGUAGAAAACUCAACUGGUUACUUUUUCACGUUCUCCCUCCUCUCGACCAGGAGCACGUUGUUUUUAGCCAAUUCAAAUUUUAUGAGAUGAGCUAGGUUUUCUAGGACAGUUCUAACAUGAGUGGCAAGUUGAGUUUUUGUGAUUUUGAUUUUUUUGUCCAAUGAACUCUUUACUGUGAGAGUUAUCGAUUUCUCACUCUAGAUUGCAACUGUCUUGUGGAAUGUACAGCACGUGACAGUAGAAAUACAUUGAUAGAAAUUAGA